AUGCACAUGCUCGGUGUGGAGACUACAGUCCCCCAAAGCCACAUAGCACGACCCCUCCACAUCCUCCUCCUCUUCCCCCUUCAAGGGGCAUGCCUGCUGAACCCGGCCUGAGUAGGGAGAUGCUGACAGGACAGAAGCUCUGCCAGUCCAAGUCCCACCAGGACUCCGUCCUUGCAGCCCUCAACCAGCAGAGGAAGGACGGCCUGCUGUGUGAUGUCACCCUGGUCGCUGGGGAGCACAAAUUCCACGCACACAAAGCCGUCUUGGCUGCGUGCAGCGAUUACUUCCGGGCCAUGUUCAGCUUGUGUAUGGUGGAGAGCGAGGCGGACGAAGUGACUCUGCAGGGAGUGACCAGCGUAGGACUGAAACACGCGCUAGACUUUGCCUACACAGGACAGAUCUUGCUGGAGCCAGGCGUGAUCCAGGACGUCCUGUCGGCAGGCAGUCACCUUCAACUGCUGGAGCUGCUCAGCCUCUGCUCCCACUACCUCAUCCAGGAGCUGAGUAGCGUGAACUAUCUGGAGUUGUACCGCGUGGCGGACCUGUUUCACCUCCCUGCCUUAGAGGAGGCCGUGGUGAGCUUCCUGGUGGAGCACCUCUCUGACCUGAGCCAGAGUCACCAGGAGGAGGCCCUGCAGCUCCCCUACCGCCUCCUCAGGGAGGUGCUGAAGAGCGACCGCCUCACCUGCCUCAGCGAAGAGGAAAUAUGGAAGCUGCUGGUGCGGUGGCUGGAGCAUGACUGUCGCUACCAGUGCACCGAGGACCUGCUGCAGCAUGUGCGCUAUGGCCUGAUGGACGUGCCCACUUUGCACCAGCUGGCCCACAGUCAUCCGCUGGUCCAGUCUAGCCCCACUGCCACCGCCCUGGUGGAGGAGGCCCUGGAUUACCACCACGCCACCUUCGCCCAGCCUCUGCGGCAGUCGGCCCGCACCAGGCCCCGCUUCCAGUCCCUCACCCUCUACAUCAUAGGCGGGCGGAAGCGGGAGGUGAGCCGGGUGAGGGAGCUGCGCUACUUCAACCCUGCCACCCAGGAUCACGUGCGUGUCGCCGGGGGGUCGAACUGGAGCGAGCUGACGCCCAUGCCCUCCGGGCGCAGCCACCACUGCGUGGCUGUCAUGGGGAACUUCCUGUUUGUGGCGGGCGGGGAGGUGGAGCACCCCACGGGGAGGACGUGCGCGGUGAGGACGGCGUGUCGGUACGACCCCCGGGGUAACCGCUGGACUGAGAUAGCCCCUAUGAAGGCCUGCAGGGAACAUUUUGUGUUGGGGGCCCUGGGCCAGUAUUUGUAUGCUGCGGGAGGCAGGAAUGAGCUGAGGCAGGUGCUGCCCUCGGUGGAGCGCUACUGUCCCAAGAGGAACAAAUGGAUGUUCGUCCAGUCCUUCGACCGCUCGCUGUCCUGCCACGCUGGCUGUGUGGCUGACAACUUGCUCUGGGUUUCAGGUGGGGUGACGAACACGGCUCAGUACCAAAAUCGUCUGAUGGUGUACGAUCCAGAACAGAACCAGUGGCUCACCCGCAGUCCCAUGCUGCAGAGGCGUGUGUACCACGUCAUGGCGGCGGUGCGGAGGCAGCUGUACGUGCUCGGGGGGAACGACCUGGACUACAACAACGACCGCAUCCUGGUGCGACACAUUGACUCAUACAACAUGGACCUGGACCAGUGGACGCGCUGCACCUUCAGCCUCCUCACGGGUCAAAACGAGUCUGGAGUAGCAGUCCACGAUGACAGGAUCUACGUGGUUGGCGGGUACUCCAUUUGGACAAAUGAACCCUUGGCCUGCAUUCAGGUGCUGGAUCUGAGCACGGAGGGAAAAGAGGAGGUGUUUUAUGGACCGACGUUGCCAUUUGCCUCCAAUGGGAUUGCAACCUGUUUCCUCCCUGCACCAUAUUUUACCUGCCCCAACCUACAAACACUUCAAGUACCUCAUCACAGGAUUGGGGCGGUUUAAAAAAAUCAACCCUAUGUACUUAAACAUUGACCCAUAAUCAGAGGAUGGUUCAUGAAGUAAAGUCCUUCAACUGUGGAACACAAUGGGUCCCUCCUCCCUGUGGUCUGGUCUCAGUCUCAUACGUGGUGAGAUCCUGGCCACCAG